ACGGCGGGUCCCCGGCCGCGGGGGGGGCUGCCCGGCCGGGGAUGUGAAUGGCGCUGGGGGUGCUCGGCGGGACCGACAUGGAGUGGGAGAAGACGCCGCGGCGGCCCGGGGAGAGCGAAGGAGAGGCGGCGGGGCCCUGGCCGGGCUGCGGGCGGCUGCGGCCCUCCUCGUACCGGGCGCUGCGCAGCGCCGUCUCCACCCUGGCGCGCAUCGACGACUUCUACUGCGAGAAGAUCGGGGCCGGCUUCUUCUCCGAGGUCUUCAAGAGGUGCCAGGCCCACCUGUUUUCUCGGGUACACGGACAUUGCAGCGAGCCACCUCUCCGCCUCCAAUAGACUGAACAGAUUGAGCCAGGUGCGGCACCGCCAGUCGGGGCAGAUCAUGGUGCUGAAGAUGAACAAGCUGAUCAGCAACCGAGCCAACAUGCUGCGGGAGGUGCAACUGAUGAACCGUCUCUCGCACCCCAACAUCCUCAGGUUGAUGGGGGUGUGCGUGCACCAGGGACAGCUGCAUGCGCUGACGGAGUACAUCAACGGUGGGAACCUGGAGCAGCUGCUGGACAGCGCUGUGCCCCUCUCCUGGUCCAUACGUGUCAAGCUGGCCCUCGACAUCGCCUGUGGCCUGCGUUACCUGCACUCCAAGGGCAUCUUCCACCGUGACCUCACCUCCAAGAACUGCCUGGUGCGCUGCGAGGCCAAUGGCUACACGGCUGUAGUAGGUGACUUUGGCUUGGCGGAGAAGAUCCCCACCUACAGUGAGGACAGCGAGAAGGAGCCUCUGGCUGUGGUGGGCUCCCCGUACUGGAUGGCACCCGAGGUGCUGCGAGGGGAGAUCUACAAUGAGAAGGCUGAUGUGUUCGCCUACGGCAUCAUCCUGUGCGAGACCAUCGCUCGUAUCCCCGCUGACCCUGACUACCUGCCCCGCACCGAGAAUUUUGGUCUGGAUGUCGCCACUUUCUGCACCAUGGUGGGAAUCGACUGCCCGGCGGCCUUCCUCCAGCUCGCUUUCCACUGCUGCAGUAUGGAGCCCACCUCCCGCCCCUCAUUCCUGGAAAUCACACAGUGCCUGGAGGGCAUCCUGCAGCACCAGCCGGGCGCCGAGGGCACCGGGGCCACCCUCUCCUGCAGCGGGGAGAGCCUGCCUACGCCUGGGACGGCGGGCACACUCAACGGGGUAGCCGGGAGGGCGGCCGGCCGCGCCGAGCAGUCGCCCCUGCGCGAGCUGGGGACGCAGCACCUACAGCCAGACCAGCGCCUGUCUCGCAGCCAGUCCGACAUGUUCUCCCCCAAAUCGCCCACGCUGCUGCGGCCGCCGGAGCCUUGUGGCGAGGCCAGGACCAAGGAGACGUCCCCCCGCGUCAAUCCCUUCUCCCAGCGCGAGGACCUGAAGGGAGGGAAGAUCAAGCUCUUCGACACGCCGAGCAAGUCGGUCAUCUCGCUUACCUUCGACCUGCCGCCUCCCGCCCCGCUCCAGCUCAGUACCCCCGUGACGCCCGAUCCCGCCGUGGAGGUGCAGUGUGACUUCUCGGCCCCCGCUGCCACCCCCCGCAGGUGCCACUCGCUGCCCGCCUCCCCCGAGCUGCCCCACCGGGGGGGCCUGGCGCUGGGCGUGGGGUCCCCCCGUCCUGACGACAACCCCCAGCCCCCUGCCCUCCUUCCUCCCCCAGCCUGGGGACGAGCCUCCCCCCUCUGCCCCAGGGCGGAGGAGCAGACGGACCGCGGCCCCGAGAGCCCCGAGCCGCCGCAGCCCCCUCCGCCACCCCCCAACAGCAACUUCAUCCGCACAGCAUCCUCAGGCGCCCAAACCUGGCAGCCGGAGCCGCAAGCCCCCAGCGGGCUCUUUUUCAACAACAACCACGUGGUGGUCAGCAAACCCCUGGCUUGGGGGAGUGGGCUGGAGCACGGCUUCUCCGAGCUCAGCAUCCCCAGCACGGCGGCGCUGGAGCAGACGGAGCGCGCGGCCAUGCUGCCCGGGCACAGCUCCGGCACCGCGCUGGAGCAGGACGAGGUGCUGCCCUGCCCCGGCUGCUGCCUGGGUCCCUUCAGCUUCGCCUCCGUCUGCCACCGGCCGGCACCCAGCCCGCCCCGCUACCAGAACCUCAACUGCGAAGCCAAGAGCCUCCUCUGCCACGACCGGGGCCGCCACCAGAAAGCCCCAGGGCCGGUGCUGGCGGAGCCCAGCCUGAAGCUGCCGGAGGCGCAGUCCUAGUGCCGGGGACCCCCGGGGGAGAGGGGCCGCAUCGGGCCGCCCCUCGGACCCUUCCGCAGCCACGGUGCAGGGCAGGCGUCGGAGCCUGGCGUGUCCCCGCGGUCUGUCCUUGCUCUCUCCGUGCUUGGUGGCCGCCAGCGGCCGUGGUGCCCCGUGCUGUGGCCGCCGCGGCGCUGCCCAGGCGCUCGGGCACACGUCCCACCAGGAUUGGCCUCGGGGGUCUGCGGGGAGCCCUGGGGGCGGGCUGGGUCCCUGCCGGGGACUGAAGUGCAAUAACACCCCUGCCCCAGGUGAGCUCCAGCGCUGGCCCGGGCGGCAGGGCUGGUCCCCCGCGGAGCCCCCGGGGCUCAAACCCUGGAUGCAGGACCCCACUUCCCCGAGGGCUCACCCCUCUGUGGGGUCUCACAGAGGGGUGUGCAAAGAGCCUGCUCCCCUGGGAGAACCAGGAGACCCCCGCAGCCGCCCAGGCUGGGGGGUGAGCGGGGCCGGGCUGGGGGCAGAGGGGUCAGCGUGUGUUAUGUGUGUGUUGAGGGACCCUGUGGGGCUGGUGGGUAUCCCCAUGUGUCCCCACAAGCGUGGGGAGCGCAGCUGGCCCCUGACACAGGGAGAGGCGUGUAGGGGGCCGGGAGAGGGGUGAUGCCCAUGCAGCAGUGCAGGGGGAGGAUUGCCAGUGCUGGGGUUGCCCCUGCCCGCCCAACGCUGAGGGCUGGGUGCUGAGUCACGUCCCCCCGACACAUGGGGUUGGCAGUGGGGUGCUGGCCAAAGGAGUGGGUGCCAUCCUGGCACCAGGGGAAGGGGCCAGUGGGCAGCACAGACGGGCUGCCCAGCCCCUGGCAAGGGUGGGAGCCGGCUUUCCUCCCUCCUGCACAAUGCACUGGUGAAUGCAGAACUCCUGUGUUUUUUAUUAUUAAUAAUAAUAAUUGCUAGUAAUAUAUACCCAGCUUAUUUAAAGUGUUCAAUAAAAACUGAAUGUCCCAGCAA